AUGGCAGCCAAAAAGAAGAAAUUAACUAAUGCAUCUGCAUCCUCUGGACUAUCCACAAGAAUCAUCUCACUAUCUCCAUUAAACGCAGAAAACCAAUCACCACUUGGAAAGAAAGAUCAAAUUAUCAAGCGUCAAGAAGACGAAGAAGUUCCACGUAACUGGCCACUCCAACCACCUAUGAUCGAAGAUUGUAGUAGUGAGAAAUGCUCUAGAUGGGAUUCGAAUACAGAUUCUGGCAGCGAAGGUUUUCUAGACGAUGAUAUGGACUUUCUGCCGACUGGUUGGGGUAAAGAUGAUAAGCAGUCGAAUGACGAUGAGGAGCGAGCGGAAAUCGCCAGGAAAGCCAGGUUGAAGAAAGAGAAAUGCAAGCGUCGGCGAUCAUGA